UGUGUCGGAGGGGGAGGGGGCGAGGGGCGGACCUGGCCCAGCCCCGCCCCGCGCCGGAGCAGUGCCGGAGCCCCGCAGGAGCCCGAUUUCAGCCCCAGCCAGAUCCGGCGUCAGCGGAGGCGGAACGGCGGACCCCGUGCCCUGGCAGCUUCGGAGCAUCGGCGGGUGGAGGCAAGGUCCCUGGACUGGUCAUAUACCCCUGUGGCCCUGGCAGAAUCAAGAUGAGGCCCUAUCAUGCCUCCCCAGUGAGGCCUACAGUCUGAGCAGACAGCAUGGCCUGCCAUUGGCAGUGAACACCAUGUCUGCAGGAGGUGGCCGGGCCUUUGUUUGGCAGGUGUUCCCCCCUAUGCCCACUUGCCGGGUCUAUGGCACAGUGGCACACCAAGAUGGGCACCUGCUGGUGUUGGGGGGUUGUGGCCAGGCUGGACUGCCCCUGGACACUGCUGAGACACUGGACAUGGCCUCACACACAUGGCUGGCACUGGCACCCCUGCCCACUGCCCGGGCUGGCGCAGCUGCGGUGGUUCUGGGCAAGCAGGUGCUAGUGGUGGGUGGUGUGGAUGAGGUCCAAAGCCCGGUAGCUGCUGUGGAGGCCUUCCUGAUGGAUGAGGGCCGCUGGGAGCGUCGAGCCACACUCCCUCAAGCAGCCAUGGGGGUUGCAACUGUCGAGAGAGAUGGUAUGGUGUAUGCUCUGGGGGGAAUGGGCCCUGACACGGCCCCCCAGGCCCAGGUACGUGUGUAUGAGCCCCGUCGGGAUUGCUGGCUUUCGCUACCCUCAAUGCCCACACCCUGCUAUGGGGCCUCCACCUUCCUGCACGGGAACAAGAUCUAUGUCCUGGGGGGCCGCCAGGGCAAGCUCCCUGUGACUGCUUUUGAAGCCUUUGAUCUGGAGACCCGUACCUGGACCCGGCAUCCAAGCCUACCCAGCCGUCGGGCCUUUGCUGGCUGUGCCAUGGCUGAAAGCAGUGUCUUUAGCCUGGGUGGCCUGCAGCAGCCUGGGCCCCAUAACUUCUACUCUCGCCCACACUUUGUCAACACUGUGGAGAUGUUUGACCUGGAACAUGGGUCCUGGACCAAGCUGCCCCGCAGCCUGCGCAUGAGGGAUAAGAGGGCAGACUUUGUGGUUGGCUCCCUUGGGGGGCACAUUGUGGCCGUUGGGGGCCUUGGAAACCAGCCAUGUCCUCUGGGCUCUGUGGAGAGCUUUAGCCUGGCACGACGGCGAUGGGAGGCAUUGCCUGCCAUGCCCACCGCCCGCUGCUCCUGCUCUAGUCUGCAGGCUGGGCCCCGGUUGUUUGUUAUUGGGGGUGUGGCCCAGGGCCCCAGUCAAGCCGUGGAGGCACUGUGUCUGCGUGAUGGGGUCUGAAGGCCUGGUGGGAUCUGUCCACUGGAGCAGCUCAGUGCCAGAGGCAGCUAUAUCUAUGGCUCCUUUUGCUGCUGAGGACACUCACUGUGGCUCUGUGGGAUGAGAGAGGCACGGGGAUGAGGACUUGAGACACUGGCUUGGGGCCUUGGGUUAGGGGAGCCUUCGUCUUUAGUGCAGGCCACACAUAUGCUUACACCUACCUUUAUCACCAUCCGUUCAUGAACCAUGCCUAGCUCCAUCCUUGCCCUGGGACCUACUAGGCCUUCCAUCCAACUGGGAAAUGGGGAGAAGGAAAGCUGGCCUCAUGCUCUUCAGGAUCAGUUCCUAUCUGGAGUUGACCAGGCCCACCCCAGUUGCCAUUCCUGAAAAAUGCCAGGUGCCAGCCUGCCUUUAGGGUCCCGGUAGACCCAGGAGAGUUCAGAGAGGGUGGGGGACACAGAGAGAGUAGAAAGGAUGUGGGAACUGCCAGAGGGCCAGAGCCCAGGAGUUCAAGCAGAGGAGUGUUGGCUUUGGGCCCUUUACACUGCUGGUUGUAUGACCUUGAGCAAGUCACUUCACCUCUCUGUGCCUCAGCAUCCUCAUCUAUAAAUGGGGAUCUCUGAAACCUUCCUACCCUACCUACCUCACAGGGCUGUUGUGAGGACCCAGGGAGUUUGGAUGUGGAAGUAAAAGUGCUGCUAAAACCUA